CCUCCAACCUGACGUAUCACACGGCCCACCACACGCGUGGCUAACGUACGUUCAAUUCAGCCCGCGUGAAAGACAUCAAAGUGCCGAACAAGUGUCUGAUUCCAUAAUUAAUUGAUCUGCUUGGAAGGAUAAAAUCAGGAGGGCAGAAUGACUGAGUAUAACAUCCUUUGAUCGUUAAACUUAAAUUUCAUUGUUUGAUUCUCCAUCUUCUACGCUAUGACGCAGAAAAUUGACGAGAAUUACCAGUGAUGAGGAUGCUGAAGAGAAUCAUUAGGUGUCGUCCAAAGGCCAAUGAAAUUCAUCCGCCGAUUGUCAGAAAAUCUGAUAGCAAAUAGUGAUCUUUGAGCACCUGAGAGUCACGAUAAUCUUCCAUGCGUAGCAAUUACACCCAUCACCUGUCGCGAUGUGUUGUUAAUCCUCAUUAUACUCGUCAAACAUACCUGCCUCCCACUUCGCCAAGUCAUCUUAAAAUCCGUGAGUACAUAAGAGACGAGGAAUUCAGGCGAUUGGCAACAGUAAGGCCGCGUGAUCAUCAGGUGGAUGAAGGGAUGUUACCGAAAAUAGUGCAAACAUUGUGUUGAGUAUUAUUUGCUCAAUUCUAUAUCUGGUAUGUUUCGGUCUACAAAAAACAUCGUGUAUUGUACUCAUUACACUGAUCCUCUCAGUCAUUUUUUUUUUACAAGCAAGGUCACACUAUAUCGUUGUAGAUCGUGACGUAUGAUCGUGAUACAACAGCAAAAAAAAGUGAGGAGAAACAAAUCGGGUGUAAGAACGGAACAAGACAAUACGGUGAUUUCAUUAGUCUAAUGAGGAUCGUGAGGAGAGUAACUUGGGUGCAGGUCGACGUGGAUUGUCGACUGUUUUUCAUUGUUGUUUAUUGUCUUGGUGAUAGCCGUUUGAAGAAGUCUAUCAAGAAGAGGAGAAUUCGAAUUGAUGAGCGAUAGUACGUCCAAGUGGAAUUUUUUUGUUUUUAAAUUGGCGAGGAAGCGAAGGAGUCGGCUGAUUGAAGUGAUGAAAGUGCCGGGUGAUUGAGCAAUAUUUUUUUUAAUUGCUGGCAGAAGUGAACGACGAGUGGAUAAUUAUUGUUUAUUAGGUGAUUUUGUGAUUGAGUUGAGGAUGAGCGUUGCUGUUGUCAGUGUCACGGACGCCGCUGAGAUGGACCCCAAGGAUCAUUACAUUGUGGAAGGGUCUGCACUUUCCACGGCCGCCGAGGAUGUGCGCGACGGCAUUCAGACACCUGACAAUGACACUGAUUCCUUGCAAUUGUAUUCGCAUCUGGAUCCACCAGUGGAUAGUGUCUAUAUGAUAUGUGGUGUACUAAUUGCCAUGAUCUUGGUCGGUGUGAUCAUUGUUCUUCUUGCUGUUACAAUCAGUAAAUUGCGGAAGAGGGAGGAUCAUGGAAACGAUCAGGUACAUACGGAUCAACCAUCGGUGGUACAAACAGCAACACCAGUAUCAGCUAUUGUAUCAACAACUGCAACAGCCCAAACUGUUAUAACAACAGCUGGAGAUAUACGUAACAAUGGUAUUGUUAAUAAUGGUGCAAUUAUAACAGCCAGCGAGCUUAGUAAUGGUGUUAUCGAUGGGAAUACGACGUUUGUUACCGAGACAACUGGUGAACAAUUUAUUUGGCAAUUUCCACCGCCAUAUCCACCCCUCACGCCACCGCCACAGUAUACCUUGUACAACGACCAGGAUACUCUCGUACAUGGACUCCAGGCGGACAGACCGGGCUUUGCAAAAGGCAUAAAGAAGAACAUUGGUGGACGUUGGCGUCGUCUCGUAAAGAGAAAACCAGAGACAGAUACAUGUGCCAUUCCUCCAGAGCUCAAGGAUCAGCUCAAAACGAUAUACGUUUAUUGACCCUCUUUCUAUCUUCACGAAAAAGUAAACGGACACACACAAAAAACAAUCUGAAAGAAUCCAUUGAUUUUUCACAUCGAUCGAAAAUGAUGAAAAACCACUUCCAACUCAGUAAUCAAUGCUUUCCUAUAUCGUAAGAUAGUUUAUUGUAUUAAGAGCGUGAACCGAAUGGUUUUGUGUGAACGACAGAGAAAGAGUUUGAAGUAGAAAAAGAAAAGGGAAGAAUGUGAGUGAGUGGCUCGCGAAGAGAGCAAGAGGGAGUAGAAAAAAGAAGCAAAAUGUAAAUGUAAAAAAAAUAGAGAGGAAGAAAGAAAGAAAGAGAGACAGAGAGAGAGAGAGAAAUAUGGGGGUUCAACGGUCUCGUGGGACACGAAGAUGCUGCAGCUCGUGACGACGAAAGAGCCCAGGGAUACGCCCUUCGGUAACGCCAUCUCACGUUAUUUAAAAAUCCACAUAUCAAUCUGGGUUGAAAGCAUUUUUGUUGCCUCGCGAUGAUGUUAAAAUUUCUAUUCCAUAUCCGUCAGACUGUUAGUGGACCUGUUGAAACAACAAAGAGCCAUUUGAGACGAACAAAAAAUAUGUAACAAAAAUAUCGACGAUUGUGCCUUUUUAUUCCAAUGAGCCGCUGUCCGCAGAAUUUUGUCAUGUCCCUGAAUUGUUGCACAAAUGAAAUUAAUGAUUUUUUGGGGAUGAAAAGGGAUUAUGAGGUAGAAUCAAUUCUGACAGCAGUUGUCCACGUGGCCGAUCAUUGUAGGUCUUUUUGUUAUUGAUGUAGAUAAAUUUGCGGAAGAACUCCAUGAGACUGAAAAUGUAAAAAGUACGACAAAACGAGUUACCUCGUAGCUUUUGUGUACGUUUUUACACGAUUUAGUAGAUACUAAAGUUGAUGAUUGAAUCAUAAAAUACCUGACGCUAGAGAAAAUUGAUGAAAAUGAGGACAAAAAAAAUGAAUUAUUUUAUCGUGAAAAAUACGAAUCACUAGUAUUAUUGUAUGCCUGAACUACGACGAAACGCAGGGACUGUUCUCAAGCAUAAUUUGAUUAUUAUUCUUUCAUCAUGUCCUUGAAUAUACUAUUCAUUUUAUUUAUCCUCCAGAUUGUCUUUCUUUUCACACAUUCACCCACACAUGCACACUUUUUGUCUUCGUUAUGUUAAAAUUCCAUUGCAAUUUGCUCGAAUAAAUGACAGUCCCGUAUUACCACGUUGUAAAUAGGUGUAUAAAGCAAUAUAAGCGCGUACGACUUUUAUUCUUGUAAUUUUAUCAUGAAUGUGUUUUUAUUUGUCAAGAUGAGGGAUAAUAUGAAUGUUGGGAGGUUGGGAAAAAAAUGGCCGAGUGGUUGUAACAGCAUUCGAGAUCGCAGCUAAUGUCACAUUUUUUUCAUUCUCGUAACUUCUUUAUUCUGGAAUUUUUACCGUUGACGAGGCGUGCGAUGACGAGUACGGAUGUCCGGUGAUGCGAGGGUCUUUUUCUUUUGUUAUUGGACUCGUCAUUUUUUAAUUCUGGGAAAUUGGAAAAUUAUGGCUGAAUUAUGUUGCACAGCUUUUCCGUGAAUUCGUUGCAAUCUCGACUGUAAAGUUUGUCAAUCAUAGGAAUUGAAUUAUUUCAAAUUUGACUGGUGAAGUUUGAGAGGAAAUGCUUUGCUGAGAUGUUGCAUUUUUUGACGAUAUCUCUUGUUACUGAGAUAUUCAGUGCAGGUGCCACAUUUGGGGGAUCAUGUACUACCGCUCUGAAAAUAAUUGCGAUGGAAAGCUAGAGCAUUUCUUUCCUUUCUGUUAAUUUUUAAAUUUUCUGAGAAGGGAGACAUUGCAUUGUACCUUGAGCAGAAUGCUUUCAUGAGGGAAUUAUGAAUUCAAGAGAGAAUGUUGUAAUAAUCGAUCAAGUACCAACCAUGUGCCUACGAUUUGCGUUGAAUUGUGUUUUUUUUGUUUUAUAACGAUUAAUAUUUAGGAUGAGAGUUGUCUCUCACUACCUAGUCACUUGUUAAUAUUGUGAAAGUAAAAUGAAGGAAAAUGAUAAUUGUAAAAUAUAGGAUGGAAGAACUAGACGGCGCAGCUUGAUGAGUAAUUUCAGAAGAAGCAUCAUUUUAUUGAUGAACAAAUAAAGUAUUUCAAUCGGUA